AUGCGAAAGGAUGUAAAUUCGCCAAUCGGGGAUGGAAUGAGCAUACUAAUAAACUAUGAAGCACACGGAGAAAAUGAGUUGUACUUAUUCACGCCAAGAGAUCGCAAAUACUCAAAUGGGAAGCGUCUCAACAGAGCUGCUGGAGAUGGUUAUUGGAAAGCUACAGGAGUCGACAAACCAGUGGUGUAUAAUGGAUUUAAAAUUGGAUUCAAAAAGUCAUUGGUGUUCCACCAAGGCAAACCUCCAGAUGGUGUUAAAACUGACUGGAUCAUGCAUGAAUAUAGAUUGAACCAACCUCCCAAGAAAAAAGCCUCUUCCCCCAUGCAUAGAAACACAACAGAAUAA